AUUUCAUAUUUGUUUAAAGAGGGAUAGAUCGAAAGACUCCAAAACCGUCGAUCACAACCUGCCACCGGCGCAAAACAAAUCCAAAACCGUCGAUCACAACCUGCCUCCCAAGAAAAAUAAUACGUGCCAGUACUAGUAGUUAAAUGUCUUCACUCAUCUUCGUCAUCAUGCUGAAUCUAGGUUUGCCAUCAAAAACGAAAUUCUCAGAGAGAAUACGUACAGAUUUAUAUACAGAAUCAUACACAUUAAGUCGUGGUUUAUAUGCAUACACAAAUAUACAGGAGGAGAGAAUUGGAGACAUUGAUUUACGGAUUUUAACAACGAGAUAUAAGAUCGUUCGGUUGAUUCCAUGGCUGAUACAACGCAUCACUUACGGAUCUGCGUUUUUCUUCUUCUGUCAAUCCAUGGAUGCUCCUUCUACCUCCCUGGUGUCGCUCCACAGGAUUUUUACAAGGGGGAUAUCCUGAAGGUAAAAGUAAACAAACUGUCUUCCACAAAAACUCAACUCCCUUAUCUUUACUAUUCCAUCCCUUAUUGUCGUCCCCAACAAAUAGUUGAUAGUGCAGAGAAUUUAGGGGAAAUUCUUCGUGGUGAUCGCAUAGAAAAUUCCCCUUAUGAGUUCAAAAUGCGAGUUCCACGAAUGUGCAAUAUUGUGUGUCACAUAAUACCAAAUGAAAGAACAGCAAGAGAAUUCAAGGAAAAAAUAGACGAUGAGUAUCAAGUCAACAUGAUUUUGGAUAAUUUACCUCUGGUUGUUCCCAUAACAAACUCAGAACAAGAACAGGACUCUCAUGUCCAAUAUCAUCAUGGAUAUUUUGUUGGUCACAAAGUAUGGUAUGCAGGAAUGAAGGAAGACAAAUAUUUAAUCAACAACCAUCUAACAUUCACAGUCAAGUUUCACAAAGAUCCAGAAUUCGAAUAUGCAAGAAUUGUUGGAUUUGAAGUUAAACCUUUCAGUGUUAAGCAUCAGUAUGAUGGUGAAUGGAGUGAUGAUACUCGCCUGACAACCUGCGACCCCCAUGCCAAAAAAUUGGUCGCCGGAGUUGAUCCACCACAAGAAAUUGAAGACAAAAACGAGAUCAUCUUCACUUACGAUGUUGAAUUCCAGGAGAGUGACGUUAAAUGGGCAUCAAGAUGGGACACAUAUCUUCUAAUGCCCGAUGAUCAAAUCCACUGGUUUUCGAUCGUGAAUUCCCUCAUGAUCGUUCUUUUCUUAUCGGGAAUGGUCGCCAUGAUCAUGUUAAGAACACUUUAUCGCGACAUCUCUAAUUACAACAAACAAGAAGAAGAAUCCAAAUUCGAACAAGAAACCGGAUGGAAGCUCCUCCACGGAGACGUUUUCCGGCCACCUGUAAACUCCGAUCUCCUCUGCGUCUAUGUCGGAACCGGAGUUCAAUUCUCCGGUAUGAUUCUCGCCGCGAUGAUCUUCGCUCUCCUCGGGUUCCUCUCACCUUCAAACCGCGGCGGCCUCAUGACGGCCCUCCUCCUCCUCUGGGUCCUCAUGGCGGUCUUCGGCGGCUACGCCACCACUCGCCUCUACAAAUCAUUCAAAAAAUCAAACUGGAAAACAAUCACUCUCAAAACCGGUGUCAUGUUCCCGGGAAUCAUCUUCGUCAUGUUCUUCAUACUAAACGCCCUAAUUUGGGGUGAGAAAUCCUCCGGCGCCGUUCCCUUCUCCACGAUGUUCGCUUUGGUGUUCUUAUGGUUUUGCAUCUCCGUGCCACUGGUGUUCGCCGGCGGUUACAUCGGUUUCAGAAAACCGGCGAUCGAAAAUCCGGUGAAAACGAAUAAAAUCCCCCGGCAAAUCCCUGAACAACCCUGCUGUGUAGUGAAGAUUAUGAAUGGUGGUGGAGGUCGUAUCUGA